AUGGCCGACCCUCAGCCCCAGAUGACCGGCGGCCAAGGCGGCUCGACGGAGCCCAAGGAGCCCCUUCAGCAGCCCCAAGGCGCCGUCGAGAUGAAGAAGAUGGACCCUUCGGUGCCUGAUGUCCCGGCCAAAGAUGACGGUCCCGCCCCCGCAGACGCCGCCGCAUCAUCCACAUCGGUCAAGGGCAAGGAGAAGGAGGUGCAGCCACCAUCAAGCCGCCAGGAUCGAGCAGACUCCCUCAGUAUUGGAGCCGCAGACGACCCCGACGGCUCGCCCUCAAACCCUGCAGAUGGCCCCGUGUGCAACAUCACAUUGCUGCUUCCUACCGGCGCACGUCACCCAUAUAAAAUCGACGACAAGUACCUGGCAAAGCGGAACGUGGAGGUACCUGAAGUCACCGAGAACGGGAAGAAGGACCCCUUCAGCGUUAGUGUCUACAAGUUGAAGGAGCUCAUACUGCGGGAGUGGCGCGACGAGUGGGAGGGCAAGCCAGCUAGCCCCAGCAGCAUACGCUUGAUCCACUUUGGAAAACUACUAGACGACAAGGAACAACUGAAAAAAUACCAGUUCAGUCGCGAGAUACCAAACGUCGUCCACAUGUCCGUCAAACCGGCCGAAAUGUUAGAGGAAGACGAGGCCGGGAAGGGCAAGAGUGGCAGCAGUGGUGGCCGGAAUUCCGAGGGAGGUUCGGGCUGCUGCGUCAUAUUAUAA